AUGUCGCGAUUCAGGAAGAAGCAGGGGUUCCCUGGACAAGAUAUGUCCUGGGAUACCGAAGGUGGUGGUGGUGGUGAAGCUGAUGGCGCACCUACUCCCCUCUAUCCAGCCUAUGUGGUACCGUUCGCCCGCAAGCUUAGCGCCCAAGAACAAAGCGAGGUCGACUGGGGGCGACACCUCCGCGAGCGUCUUCGCGAAGGCCCUUUCUUCUCUGUCCUCGACGUGACCUCUACCUCGGCCAGGAAGGGCACCGCAGCACGCGCAAACUUCGAUCCGUUCAACGGCAUGCCCUCUUUCUCCAGCCGGUACCAGAAGAAGCGCCGGACUGUCCCAUUAAUCGAUCCCAAUGAGCGCGAGUGGGUUAUGCGCUACUUCCCACGCGACUCGUGGAGUAUCAUCCAGCCCGAUUUCCGCCCCGACGCUGGUGGCUAUAAGCCACAGUCAUCGCGAGCCGGCAAGCGCGGGUUUGAAGACGACGAAGAACAGGCGGUUGAGAGCGCGACAAAGCAACGCAAGGAAGGGGAGGGUGAGGAGGACUCGGGCCCUGAGGACGAGGAAGCCGGCGAGCUGCUGGAUGAUGAGGAGCAGGAAGAGGAGGAGGUUGUGGAUGACGAUUUUGAAGAUGACGAAGACGACAUGGGUGGAGAUUAUAAUGCCGAACAAUACUUCGACGGCGGCGACGAGGACUUUGGAGACGACGAUGGCGGUGGUGGUGAAGAGGAUACUUACUGA